GAGGAGGAGGACACCACCACCACCACCACCACCACCUUGUGUGCACAACAAACAUGGCAGACACGUGGAGCCUGCUGGAGUCUGUAUAUCCAGAUGUGUCUGACAUCACAUGAAGCCUAUUGGAAAAUGAGCAUUUCUUGUGCACCCCCAGUAAUCAUUACACCAGACGAAAAUGUCUGGGAAAUCGACACCAACGCCUACGCAGACUGCGGGCACUUUGUGGACUGGGACCAAUUCUCGACUAAGUCUGGACCACAGAAGACUAACCAUAUAGAGAUUCCUCAGUCACAGAAGGACCUAAAGAAGAUGGCGAGAGAUGGAACUUGGGGUGCUAAUCAAACUAUGCGGGCUCAAGCCUACAACCAGAUCAUCAAAAACGUUAACUAUCGAAUAUUUACACCCAACGCCACUGUUUAUCAUGAUGUAUCCGAAAGGCUUUUCGGGAAGAGUGGACUCGUUGAUCACCCCUUACCAGAUUUCGUGGAUGGUUGUCUUAUGCCCAUGUACUGCCUUAAUGUUCGAGGUGAAACUGCUGUGAAGAAGAUACUCAUAUGCAUUGGCAACCAGUAUCCAGACAUCACCUACAGCCCUGUGAUGCCCGCUGUGGUCGCAAUCUUAAUGCAUUUCAGUGAAGAUGAAGCUGAGUGUUUUGAGAGGAUUUGCCGCCUUAUCUCCUGUACAGAACCUCAUAAGACUUACAUCGAACAAAGCUUCUUGUCCUAUGAAGCUUCCAGCAUGACUUUUGGUGAUUUAGCCAAAAGGUAUUGCCGGGCUUGCCAUAAGUUCAUCACUACCCACUGUGAAAACUCAUCGGAGGUCUUCUCAGAUUGGUUGAUGUGGCUCUUCGGAGACUUGCCCUUUGAUUACAUCAUUAGGGUCUUUGACGUCUUUCUUCUUGAGGGCGACAAAGUGCUGUACCGAGUUGCUCUAGCUUUGCUCAAGCAAUACAAGCUUCACACAGAGUAUGAGGGACAAGACAUUAGGAGUGAAAUCCAGGAGUUUGUCAAGAACAUCUCCAACCACAUUUGUGUGGAGAAACUCUUGGAGAAAGCCUUUAGCAUUAGGCUUUUUUCCCACAAGGAGAUCUGGCUCCUACACAUGGCCAACAGAAAGGCUUUGUCCCAGAGUGGAAUCACGGUCAUGCAACCAAGACAACCAGCUCACAUGUCCGUAGACAUCACAAAUUUCUUCUCAGAAGUUGUAACGGCUCAUGAAAUGAGGGUUGUGUGGUCGUGGAUUCCUGAGCGCUACUCCCUGUACCCCCCUGUUCUGCUGUUCUCUACCAUGGAACAUGGCUAUAGUCUGCAGAGGUUUUAUUCACAUUGUGAAGGGACGGAGCCCACGGUCCUGUUCAUCAAGACGACUGCAAAUGAGGUGUGUGGAGCCUACCUGUCGACAGACUGGAAUGAAAGAAAGAAAAAUUGUGGGCAGGUGUCCUCAUUUUUUGGAACUGGAGAAUGCUUUGUGUUUUCUAUACGCCCCGAGAUGGAGCAUUACGAGUGGGUUGUAGUGAAGAAACCAGAGAUGGUGAAGACGGCCCCGCCUUCCCCACGCUCAAGACCCCGAUCUUACUCUUAUGGUGCCCGACUUUCACCAACCCUUAGACGUCGUUCUUUUACAAUCCCUUCAGCUCCCUGCAGUCCCUCCCAGUCUGCAAACUUUCUGACUGUCCCAGGAGAACGAAACCCAGACCGGUUAUCCCCGUUCCUUUCUGUGCGACAUUUCCAGCUGCCGUCUACAGCCGCCUCCAUGUUUAUGUCUGGAAACAGCCAAAGCAUUAUAGUAGGAGGUGGCGGUGGACAAGCCUUGAAUAUCGAUGCUGACCUCAAUAUCGGAAGGACGCAGCAUUGUGAAACAUUUGACAACCCACCACUAUGUGAAGAAAACUUUCAUAUACAGCAGCUGGAGGUCUGGGGCUGCAAAAACUCCUAAACCUGCACAAAAAAAAAAGAGAGACAAAAAUAAUGAACCUCUGUGUUCUCUCAAUAACAAUGCUUUUUUUUAAAAGGUAUUGCCCUGGGGUAAAGAUGGCUGCCAUGUUCUUCCUCACCGUUAUAUGUAGUUGUAGCCCUUCUAGUAUAGGAAGGCUAAAGGUGCGAUGAGUGGAUGAUCUGUUACAUACAUAAAAAGAAGGCCGAUAAUGUAUUCAUUUGGACACUUGGUAAUAAGUGUGUAUUUGACAAGUCGCCUUAAGAUGCUGUAUGUGCAACCAGUUAAUUCAAGAUAUAAAAGAGGUUCUCUGGUUUUGGGGGAUCCCUGAUAGAAGGCUCCUACUGGGAUCCCCAGCAAUCAGCUGUCAUCUGUGGGAAGACCUAGCAGUAAUUGCUUUAUUUCUCUGCAGCGCCACCACAGGUGUUAUUAAGAAUUACACUGUGUUCUUUCACAUCAAUAGACUGUCUAUGAGUGUAUGUUCACACGGGUGGAAAAUGUGCGGAAUGUCUGCCCGGAAAAUACGGCGGAUAUUCAGCACAUUUGAAUAAUAUGGCGGGCGCUAGGACUACUCAGAAAUGCGCCGUCUCAUAGACCGCAAUGCAUUUCCGAGUGAAAGCUGCAAAAAUAAUACAUAAGUCUAUUCUUUUUGCAGAUGCCUGAAUCAGGAUUUUCGCAACAGAAACACUUGUUGUGGAAAUUCCACCGUGUGCACAUUGCAGCAGAAUCCCAUUAAAAUCAUGGGGACUCUGCUGCAGCAGAAUGUUGCGGCAGAAUGUCUUUGCGGAACAUACCCUAAUGCAGGAUAGAACAGGACAGGUCCUCCAUAAAAAAAAAAAAAAGAAAGAUUUUUUUUUUUAUUUAGGUUUUUGUCACUCGGUUUUGAGAGCCAGCAUUUGUGAAUUUAACUGUUGAAGUUCCCCUACAAGGGAUUAUUUUUUGUGAAACAAAAUGUGUUAAAGGGUUACUCCGCUCCCCAGCGUCCGGAACAUUGAGUUCCUGAACGCUGUGUGCGAGCUUUCAGUGUUCACGCUCGCCCC